CACAAAGUAGCGGGCCCAGGCCCCAGAGGGGAGCUGGGCUGCAGCUGGGGGGCGGGAGCCCGCGGGGAGCCAAGCCGAGCGCCCCCCGCCCCAGCCCCCGGCAUGGGUAGGAUGGGGCCGCCGGGGCGGGCGCGGAGCGCUGAGCGCUGAGGGUCUCCCAUGGGAUUGCUGGGACCUGGCUGGGUGAGAUGGCAGUGUGUGCAAAGAAGCGCCCCCCAGAAGAAGAAAGGAGGGCGCGGGCUAAUGACCGAGAAUACAAUGAGAAAUUCCAGUAUGCGAGUAACUGCAUCAAGACCUCCAAAUACAAUAUUCUCACCUUCCUGCCUGUCAACCUCUUCGAGCAGUUCCAGGAAGUUGCCAAUACCUACUUCCUGUUCCUUCUCAUUCUACAGUUGAUCCCACAGAUCUCUUCCUUGUCCUGGUUCACCACCAUUGUGCCUUUGGUUCUUGUCCUUACCAUCACAGCUGUUAAAGAUGCCACUGAUGACUAUUUCCGCCACAAGAGUGACAACCAGGUGAAUAACCGUCAGUCUCAGGUGCUGAUCAAUGGAAUCCUCCAGCAGGAGCAGUGGAUGAAUGUCUGUGUUGGUGAUAUUAUCAAGCUAGAAAAUAACCAGUUUGUGGCGGCGGAUCUCCUCCUCCUUUCCAGCAGCGAGCCCCACGGAUUGUGUUACAUAGAGACAGCAGAACUCGAUGGAGAAACCAACAUGAAAGUACGUCAGGCAAUUCCAGUUACCUCGGAAUUGGGAGAUAUCAGUAAGCUUGCCAAGUUUGAUGGUGAAGUGAUCUGUGAGCCUCCUAAUAACAAGCUGGACAAAUUCAGUGGGAGUCUCUACUGGAAGGGAAGCAAGUUUCCCUUGAGCAACCAGAACACGCUGCUGCGAGGCUGUGUGCUGCGCAACACAGACUGGUGCUUCGGGCUGGUGGUCUUUGCAGGUCCUGACACUAAGCUGAUGCAGAACAGUGGCAGAACAAAGUUCAAGAGAACAAGUAUUGACCGCCUGAUGAAUACACUGGUGCUCUGGGUUAGACUCCCACAUCUGGUUCCCUACCCCAUCCCCUCUGGUUUUCCCUGGGUGGCUCCUUUUGCUUUCAUCUCCCUUUCUUGGUCAGUAGUCAGUGUGGAGGUCAUCCGUCUGGGCCACAGCUACUUCAUCAACUGGGACAGGAAGAUGUUCUGUGCAAAGAAGAGGACCCCUGCAGAGGCCCGUACCACCACCCUGAGUGAGGAACUAGGCCAGGUGGAAUACAUCUUCUCUGACAAGACAGGCACCCUCACCCAGAACAUCAUGGUCUUCAACAAGUGUUCCAUUAAUGGCCACAGCUAUGGUGACGUGUUCGAUGUCCUAGGACACAAAGCUGAAUUGGGAGAGAGGCCUGAACCUGUCGACUUCUCCUUCAAUCCUCUGGCCGACAAGAAGUUCCUAUUUUGGGACCCCAGCCUCUUGGAGGCUGUUAAGAUGGGGGACCCCCACACCCAUGAGUUCUUCCGUCUCCUUUCCUUGUGUCACACUGUCAUGUCAGAAGAAAAGAAUGAAGGAGAACUGUACUAUAAAGCUCAGUCCCCAGAUGAGGGGGCUCUGGUCACUGCAGCCAGGAACUUUGGUUUUGUAUUCCGCUCUCGUACUCCCAAAACAAUCACUGUCUAUGAGAUGGGCACAGCCAUCACCUACCAGCUGCUGGCCAUCUUGGACUUCAACAACAUCCGCAAGCGGAUGUCAGUCAUAGUGCGGAAUCCAGAGGGGAAGAUCCGACUCUACUGCAAAGGGGCUGACACUAUCCUGCUCGACAGGCUCCACCACUCCACCCAAGAGCUGCUCAAUACUACCACGGACCACCUUAACGAGUAUGCGGGGGAAGGGCUGAGGACCCUGGUUCUGGCCUACAAGGAUCUGGAUGAAGAAUACUAUGAGGAGUGGGCUGGGAGGCGCCUCCAGGCCAGCCUGGCCCAGGACAGCCGGGAGGACAGGUUGGCCAGCAUCUAUGAGGAGGUGGAGAGCAACAUGAUGCUACUGGGUGCAACAGCCAUUGAGGACAAGCUUCAGCAAGGGGUUCCAGAGACCAUUGCCCUCCUGACACUGGCCAACAUCAAGAUUUGGGUGCUAACUGGAGACAAACAAGAGACGGCUGUGAACAUUGGCUAUUCCUGCAAGAUGCUGACAGAUGACAUGACAGAGGUGUUCAUAGUCACCGGCCAUACUGUCCUAGAGGUGCGGGAGGAGCUCAGAAAGGCCCGGGAGAAGAUGAUGGAUGUCUCUCGCACUAUGGGCAAUGGCUUCACCUACCAAGAGAGACUUUCUUCUGCCAAGCUCACAUCUGUCCUGGAGGCUGUCUCUGGGGAGUACGCCCUUGUCAUCAAUGGCCACAGCCUGGCCCACGCUUUGGAGGCAGACAUGGAGCUGGAGUUUCUGGAAACAGCAUGUGCCUGCAAAGCUGUCAUCUGCUGCCGGGUGACCCCCUUGCAGAAGGCACAGGUGGUAGAACUGGUUAAGAAGUAUAAGAAGGCUGUGACACUUGCUAUUGGAGAUGGAGCCAAUGAUGUCAGCAUGAUCAAAACGGCUCACAUUGGUGUGGGCAUCAGUGGGCAGGAAGGGAUCCAGGCUGUCCUGGCCUCGGACUACUCCUUCUCCCAAUUCAAGUUCCUGCAGCGCCUCCUGCUGGUGCAUGGGCGGUGGUCCUACCUGCGCAUGUGCAAGUUCCUCUGCUAUUUCUUCUACAAGAACUUUGCUUUCACCAUGGUCCACUUCUGGUUUGGCUUCUUCUGUGGCUUCUCUGCCCAGACUGUCUAUGACCAGUAUUUUAUUACCCUGUAUAACAUCGUGUAUACCUCCCUACCAGUCCUGGCUAUGGGAGUCUUUGAUCAGGACGUCCCAGAGCAGCGGAGCAUGGAGUACCCUAAGCUGUAUGAGCCAGGCCAGCUGAACCUCCUCUUCAAUAAGCGGGAGUUCUUCAUCUGCAUUGCUCAAGGCAUCUACACAUCCGUACUCAUGUUCUUCAUCCCCUAUGGGGUGUUUGCUGAGGCCACCCGAGAUGAUGGCACCCAACUGGCUGACUACCAGUCAUUUGCAGUCACUGUGGCCACGUCCCUGGUCAUUGUGGUUAGUGUACAGAUUGGGCUGGACACAGGCUACUGGACGGCCAUCAACCACUUCUUCAUCUGGGGUAGCCUGGCUGUCUACUUUGCCAUCCUCUUUGCCAUGCACAGCAAUGGACUCUUUGACAUGUUUCCGAACCAGUUCCGGUUUGUAGGAAAUGCCCAGAACACCCUGGCCCAGCCUACAGUGUGGCUGACCAUAGUGCUCACCACGGUUGUCUGCAUCAUGCCCGUGGUUGCCUUUCGGUUUCUCAGGCUCCACCUGAAGCCAGAUCUCUCUGACACGGUCCGCUACAGCCAGCUGGUGAGGAAAAAGCAGAAAGCCCAGCACCGCUGCCUGCGGCGGGUAGGCCGCACAGGCUCCCGGCGUUCGGGGUACGCCUUCUCCCACCAGGAGGGCUUCGGGGAGCUCAUCAUGUCAGGGAAGAACAUGCGUCUCAGCUCCCUGGCACUGUCUAGCUUCUCCGCCCGCCCUAGCUCCAGCUGGAUCGAGAGCCUGCGCAGGAAAAAGAGUGAUGGCGCCAGUAGCCCUAGCAGCGUGGCUGACAAGCCCCUCAAGGGGUGAAGGCUCAGACCAGUCGCCUGUGCUGCUGACCAGAGUAUGCAGGGCUGCUGGUCACUGAGGGAACGGUUUUAGAACUGCUGGUCCUCACCUUUUGCCUCCUGUCUCCCUGGCAGGUACUGUCCUGCAGUUCCCACGAGGAGUGGCUCAGGGUCUUGCUACCAGCUGGAGAGGUGGAGAGAGCAGGCCCAGAGGCAGAGCAGGGGCUGGGCACUAGGAACCAGCUCCAGAAGGGGGAUCAGAUGUGGAACCAAAAA